GGAAUUUUUAUGUAAUUUUAUACAUGAUUGACUUAUUUUUAUGUCCUUAAAGAUUUUCUUUUCAAUUCUUUAUGAUAGUAUUCUUAAUCGACAUUGAUUUUUUUAUUUAUAUCUACCUUUUUGUUAGCCAAUGUUUCAUAUUUUUUUGCUUGUGCAACAUCCUGUAGUUUUGGUUGUUGGGUAUUUUUUAACUUCUUUCUAACAAUACGCGAUGAAAAAUUGAGAUUUUAGGCACAAUUUGUACAUUUUUUAUAAUCGGUAAAUUAAUUUAUCAUUACAAAAAGAAAAGUUUGUGUCGCGCUACAAUAUCUUCAUUCAAUUAGUAUAGAAGAAGGUGAAACAGUUUAUCUAGUGACAGAUUGGACGCGCCGCAUCCUUUGCGGUGUAUGAAUGUUUAUAAACAAAAAAAACUUCGUUUUUCUUGCUAACAAAGAUGCAAAACUAAUUCAUGGCUAAUCAAGACGCUACGGAUAUUCUGCCAGAUACUGCUGCGAUUAUUAAGAGAGUUAAGGAGUGGGAGCAAAUCGAAAAGAAAUAUAAUUCUGUGGAUGAGGAUAUAAACGUCUUUUUUGAUUUCGACGCCGCAGAACUAAGUGAGGAGGAGGACUACGAGGAUAGCGGCGCACGUAGCGAAGCCGAGUGCGUGGAGGAAAAUGAAAAGGAGUACAGUACAGCUCUCGUGGAGUAUCAGUGGAAUCCCGUGAAUGAGUACAAGGAGAAAUUGUUGCCAAUAAUCAAGCAGAAGACGUAUGAACUUGAGAAGAAAAUCAGAAAUAUGGAUUUUGGCGUUAAGGUGUCUGAUUGGCUGAGAAACAAUGGCACUCAUAUGCCGGGGCCAGACUUUUCCACAAAUGGCUUUGCCCAACCCAUCCGGGGGCGCUUCAUGAUGGGAGCUGACUUACAAUUUGACAAUUCCAAUGCUUCUUCGGGAUCGGUCAAUACAGCAGCCUACAUUAUGGCGAAUAAGGGAAGGACUCGGAGGCGAUCCAGUUUUAAGCUCAUGACGAUUAAGGAGUAUUGCUUUGUGGAGCAAAGUGAUGAUAUCCUGGAGUUGGAAAAUCAUCAAGUCCAACCCCUAGGAUUACCCCAGAGGAGUAUACCUCUUGCGUCCAGUCAUCAAAUGCCCCUUGGAGCUGCUCCCCAACAAUUGGCCAUUGAAGCUGCUCCCCAACAAUUGGCCAUUGAAGCUGCUCCCCAACCACGAGUCAAUGGAAAUUCAGCUUCAAAGGAGCAGUCGUCUGACCCUGAGCAUUUGCAUCCACGAAAAAGUGCUCGACAGCGAAUGCUGCGAAAGAGACGCCUCCAGAGACGUGUAUCUUCGGACUCCAGUGACAGUGAUAGGGGCGACGAGGGAGAUGUGCGAAAGAGCAGAGAAGUCACAAAAACUCCUCGCCAAGAAUCCGCCAUGCGGAAAUCCAAGUCCACCCUGGGAAUGAAGUCUCCGAAGAAGAAAGUUGUCGAUCAGAACAUCGUCAUUUAUCAGCCACCAGUGGAACUCAAAAAUUCUAAGCGUCCCACGGAAUAUGUCCGGAUAACAAUGGAAAUGCUCGAGGAAAAAAUUGGACGAAAGAAUGCUGAAGCUCAGCGAAAAAAUACGAUUCUUCUGAGACCUGUUCCGUCCACAUGUAAAAUCGUGUACAAUGCUAACAAGAGGUCAUUGUAUGGCGCAUCGGCAGUCGAAUCUGAUAAUUCCACCAGCUCAAGUAAUGAUGAUUCAAUGGACAAACAGGGCAAGAGCAAAGAGAAAAUGCCGAAAGAAAAUGAGAAUUCAGAAACUGCCCCACCGAGGAAUAUUGUAAUUUAUGCUCCAUCAAAAGGAAUGGAAAAUUCAAAGAAGACCUUCCGACUAACUGUUGAUCAUCUUCGGGGGAAAGUGGAAGAUGCCGUGAUUGAGAAACUCAAGAAGAGUGGAAUAUUCAAUUUUCCUCACUCAGUUGGGGAUACAAUAAUGUACAACACACACUCGAAAACACUUUUCCGGAAGAUGUAAAAUUCAUUUAUUUUCACCAUCCUCGAGCUCCAACACUUUUGACACCCCCUGCAGCAUUAGGCGUUCCGACCAGAGUCUCUUGCAAUCCACAUCAGCCGUGUCCUCCUCCGGUGUCCAACUAUGGUCGUGCUCAAGGCGAAAGCUGCCUAAAAAUUCAUGAUUACUCGUUCCUCCCCAUUCCUGCGAAUAUUACGUUAUUUUUUUUUUUAAAUUUUUCAUUGUCGAGAAUUAAGAUAAUUAAAAAAAAUCAUACUGAA